CACUCAGUUGGCGAUGUUUUUCAUCCUUACGCUCUAAAGUAAUAACUCUGUGGGUGCCAAGGCAUUUAGCAAAGAGAGAAAGAAAAAUGUCAAGUACUCCUUCACAAGAACCCGGGAAAAAGUCAAAUUGCAUUUCGGAAUUUUGUUCGCAGCACAGAACUAGGAUUGCAUUAAGUUCGUUUUACUUCUUCUUCGAGACAUGCUUUAGCUUUAAAUUAUACUUAAUACCAGUCUACUGGCAACAGCUUGGCUUGUCUCCGACUCAGAUCGGCAUCUUACGAGCCGUUUGGGGCGUGGCAUACUCCCUCGGCGGGGUUAUCUUUGGAAAAAUAGCAAGUAAGUGGAAGAUUCGACGUGCGUUACUGAUGAUGAGCAUUCUAUCCACGGCUAUUAUACCACUAGUGUCAUUAAUUCCAAGAAGAACACACGAUAAGUGCUUGGUGGAAUUGGGAAAGAACCUGGAUGAAAACAAGAGUCGCAUUAUCACUCCACAAGAGGGCAAAAAUUCCUUCCAUCCUCACAUUGAGUGGAUCAAGUCUCACGUCGAGAGUAAAGCGAGCGAGAAUGCGAAUCAUCGAACCCAAACCCACGCUUUGCAAUCCCUUUUCCGUCAGGAGGAAAGAAACUCUGAAAUCCUGGAACAUUUUACCUCAAGACGUUCUCUACCACCGAUAAAGAGCCGCACUCCCAGGAAGACACCUCUGGUUGGCGAUCAUGUCCUUAUCUUAGAAAAAAACCCGCAAGACAUCAACACCAUAUUUUUCAUAUUUUUGUUUAUUGUGUUCGUUGGGGAACUCCUCGCUUCUCCAGCAUUUAGUUUGGCUAAUUCUGAAAUUGUGGACUACCUCGGGGAAAAUGGCCGCGAUUUUUGCAAGAUCCGUCUCUGGGGCCCAAUUGGGCACAUGAUUGCUGCUCCCAUCACAGCUGUAUUUGUCACUCAUUACCAUUAUGUGAUUUGUGGCGAGUAUCAAGACAACUUUGCUAUUGUCUUCGCUGUCACUUCUAUCAUGGCGAUGGCUUCGUUGAUAUCUGUAACGCAGCUGGGAGAUCAAACGAUCAAGCACAGCGACAACACCGAAGGAAAUGGCAACGGAAAGCCUUUGACUUUAUUUGAGUUCUUCUCUCGCUACCAAAAUUUCGUCUUCAUCUUCAUGACGUUCUUGAUUGGCUGUUUUGAUGGAGUUGUGUCAACGUUUGGGUUCUGGUACACCAAGACCUUAGACGUUACCAUCACCACUUUGGUGUUUGGUUUCUCACGGAUGACUAGCUCUGCGGUUAGUGUGGUGUUCCUGGGCUUGACAGGCAUGUGUGUGAAGAAGACUGGUUACUCUGGAAUCACUGUGUUCUCCAUGAUGCUGUUUUUCAUUUGGUUUGUGGGAAUGUCUCUCAUGAAAAACCCAUGGCUCAUGCUUCUCUUUGAGACUAUUGGCUACACCGCUUAUGUAACUGGUUUUACAGGCGUGAUCAGUUACUUUGGUGAAGUAACACCCAGUCAUCUGAUGGACACAGUGCAAGGAGGAGUUAACUCUUUGUUUUUCGGCGUGGGUUGCGGCAUUGGAACUGCCAUGUGUGGCUUUUUCAUCGAUGCAUUUGGCGCCGAAGGGGCAUUCCGGGUGUUUGCUUCAGGUGAAGCUGUACUAUUAGUGCUGUUUGUCGUCAACCAAGUUACAUAUUUUUGUCUGAAGAAGAACGAAAAAGAAGAAAAAAGAAAGCUGUUGGAAUAACUUUUUAUGCGGGUCACAGGACUUACAGUAAACACUACGCCAUCUAAACUAAAAUUGGUGGAUCACGCUGUUGCACCUCUUUAAUCAUGAUUUCACUCAGAAAGAAGAAAACGCUCGGUGAAAAAUAUGCGUUCUGAGGUACAUCGUUUUGAGGGAGAAGACCGAUAGUUUUGGGGCUAAACUAAAGACCACCGGGCCUCUUCUAACCAUCCACCAAACAUGCUACGUGGAAACCAGGAUUAACUCCGGCCUGGUGGGCCAACAGGCUCGGGUACAGAUUUUACUUGAUGGCAUAUUGUAAGUUAAAUCACGAAUGGUGAACUUGGAACCCACUCGUUUUUCAAUUUCUCAUUUUGACCGGAUUAUCACUUGAACUAAUCAUUUAAUUUAACUCCUAUUAAAUUAUAUCUUUGAACAUUAUUAACAAUCUGCUGAGAUGUGGAAAAUUUUAAAAGCUAGCUAUACAAGGUAGUCACAUACGUAGUAAUAUACAGGUAUCUUUUAAAAGUAAGUAAUAUUGUAUGGUAUCAUCUGAUAAUGCAUAAUUUAACAGUGAAUUUCCAUUUUUUUAAAAAUUCUGAAAUUACAGAAAUUAUGAAUUUCACAGACAAAGAUUGAAUAGUAAAAGUCUUAACCCUUUAACUCCCAAGUUCUCACUAGCAAUUCCCCAUACUGUUUGUUCUGUAGUUCUUAUGAUAUUAGUUUGGAGAAUUUGGUAGUGGAUCAACUAAUAACUCCCUAGUUAACAUUUUUCUUUAUUCUCAUCACUCAUCUGCUUGCUAUUGUAAGGAGAAAUUCUGUCUUGGUCACAUAUGAGAGUUAAAUGGUUAACUCACACUUUUUUUUCUUACCCAUCAACAACAAAGUGAGUUGGUUUGAGCUUUGAACUUGUGCAACAUGUCACAGUAAUGAAAAUAAUCCAGUUUUCACGCUACCCUAUCUAUGUCCUCUGACUGAUAGCCAACCCCUCUUUGACCAGCAUCUAAUUUCUCCUUACAAAGUCACCCUUGAAUCACACAAUAAGGUCACAAGGAUAAAGGAAAUGAUCACCAACUAACUAAGGAAGCUCUUGAUUGGUAAACAAAUUCUCCAAGUCAACACCUUAAGGAAUGUAUGGAAAACAGUAAAGAGAAUAUGCAUACUAAUAUCAAGAUGUAAAGGGUGAAUAUAAAAGGAACACCUGGGUACUGCUGUGUAUUUAAUCCUUUAAACCCUAAGAGUGACUAGCAUCUAAUUUCUCCCAACAAUAUCACUCCUGAUUCACACAUUAAGGUCAUGAGAAGAAAGGAAGUGGUCACCAGGGAGGGAACCUUUUGAUUGGAAAAGAAAUUCUCCUUGUCAGCACCGUAAGAAAUGUAUAGAGAGCAGUAUGGAGAAUAUGCAUACUGAUGUUAGGGUGUAAAGGGUUAACUGGGCAUAAGGGAAAAAUAAUACUCACCGUCAAGUACUGCAACAUCGAGCAGACUGCGC